UAAAAAAAGAUUUAGUCAUAUAACAACCAGGAAACAAUCUGGUCAAUAAGAUUCGGCGCAAAAAAAUCUAAAGUGACAUUAUGGAAUUGGAGACACUCGUUGAGUUUCACGUAAAUGGCGUUAAAAGUCAAGUGGACGCGUCAAAUUUUUCAUCGGGCACCACCCUGAAUACUUAUCUGCGUGACCACCUGCUGCUAACGGGUACCAAAAAGAUGUGCGAAGAAGGUGGUUGUGGUGUGUGCGUCGUUGCGGUUACCAUCUGCGGAGAUACCAAAAUCAGAGCUGUAAAUUCCUGUCUGGUGUCGAUAUUUUCUUGCCACGGAUGGCACAUCUAUACCAUCGAAGGACUAGGUAAUUCGGAACGCAGAAAUGUUAUCCAAGAGGCCUUAAUACGAUUUAACGGGAGUCAGUGUGGGUACUGCACACCCGGUAUGGUAAUGAACAUGUACGCCCUGCGAUAUUCGUCGGAAAAUCUAACAAUGAAGACCGUGGAGAAUUCAUUUGGAGGAAACAUAUGCCGUUGUACGGGAUACAGACCGAUUCUGUCCGCGUUCAAGUCCUUGUGUGACGACGCAACGGCAGAUUUGAAAGCGUGCCUGACAGAUAUAGAAGAUUUACGAAGCUGUAGCGAAACUAAUACCGUAACUCGUGGCUGCCAUAGCAAGGCAAGGUCGCCGUUUUACUUUCUUCCAUCUGGCGAAACCUGGAUUAAAGUUUUUGAAUUAAACGACUUGUUGCAAGUUAUGAGAACUUUCAGCGAGUCCGAUAAAGGAGAUAACGGGCGUAGUUACGCUUUGUUUGCCGGCAAUACUGCCAAGGGUGUCUAUAAAAAUAAAAGUGCCAUUAACGUCUCUGUCGACAUAUCCAAUAUAACCGAGUUGGUGGGACAUCAACUUAAUGAAAACACCCUCGUGCUUGGGGCAAACAUUACCCUCACGGAUACAAUGGCGAUAUUACUAGCCACGGCGAAAACCAGCCGGGGGUACAAAUAUCUGGAAAAAUUAGCCGACCAUAUCGAUCUCGUGGCAAAUGUACCAGUAAGGAAUAUCGGCACAUUGGCCGGGAACUUGAUGAUGAAACACCAGCAUAAAAGCUUCCCGUCAGAUAUUUUUUUAAUUCUCGCCGCUGUCGAUGCACGAUUGGAAAUCGUCGAUUACAACAACAAAACAUAUCACCUAACGGCGGAACAUUUUCUGGCAACCGACAUGUCAAACAAAAUCAUCCACAAAAUACACUUACCUGUAUUGGACAACACCUAUAAAUUCGAAAGUUACAAGAUCAUGCCCAGAAAGCAAAACGCACAUGCGCUGGUGAACGCUGGUUUUCUUUUAAAAUUAAGCGCCGACUAUACCGUCGAAUCGGCUCGCAUAGUAUUUGGCUGUAUCAACGAGAACUUCGUCCGGGCUAUCCACACCGAAACGUAUUUGAAAGGAAAACCUAUAUUCGACAACGAAGUGCUGCAAAUAGCUUUCCAAAAAUUGGACGAAGAACUAAUCUGCGACCACGCGGAGCCUGAUUCGCAGCCAAAAUUUAGAAAUCGUCUAGCUAUUUCUCUGUUUUACAAGUAUGUUCUGAGUAUAGCACCGAUACAGAUCAUUUCUCACUCCCACAAAUCUGGGAGAUCUGUUCUCGACAGACCGGUAUCCAGAGCUACGCAAGACUAUGAAACUGAAGAGUGCUUGUAUCCAUUAGCCAGAAGCACUUCUAAAAUCGAAGCUAAAUAUCAAGUUACUGGUGAAGCUGAGUACGUUUUAGACAUGCCCAACUUACCAAAUCAAUUAUUCGCUGCAUUCGUACUAGCACAAGCUACUCCAGGGUCCCGGAUUAUCAAAUGUAAUCCUGACAAAGCAUUGAAACUAAAAGGUGUUAAGGCAUUUUUUGAUAAGAGCUCCAUCCCGGGAAAAAAUUAUUUCGGAAAAUUCAUGGCACCUCCUGUGAACUCCACAGAUCCUCCCCCUCCACCCGUAGAGGAAGAGCUGUUUUGUAGUGGUAAAGUGCUGUAUCACUCCCAACCAAUAGGAAUCGUAGUAGCGACUUCGCAAAUGCUAGCUCAACACGCUGCCGAGCUAGUGGAAAUUAGCUAUGCCAAUGCUUCAGAAAAACCAUUCGUUACCAUCCAAGACGUUCUAGAGAGAGGGAAUACUGGAAAAAUUCAGGAAGCUAAUAUUAUCCUACCAAGUCGUAAAGGGACUAGUGUAAUUAAUGAAAUUUGUGGCAAGUACAACAUGUCCUGGCAGUACCAUUUUCAUAUGGAAACCCAAUGCUGCAAUGCAGUACCCACAGAAGAAGGCUUGCAUUUGUAUCCAACAACGCAAUGGAUGGACCUUUGUCAAAGGUCUGCUGCAACGGUCUUGAAUAUUCCAGUCCACAAGAUAGAUGUGUCGGUGAAAAGGUUGGGUGGGGGGUUUGGUGCGAAAAUCGCUAGGAUCGCAAUGGUAGCUUCUGCAGCUGCCAUCGCAGCGCAUUUGUUGAAGAAACCAGUCAAACUGUGGAUGCCUUUGGAGACAAACAUAAGCGUGAUGGGUAAAAGGUACCCCAUAUUGAGCCAUUACAAGGUAGGUGUUGACGAGACGGGUCUAAUACAGUAUCUUGAAAAUGAGUUUUAUUAUGAUCACGGGUGUGGGGGCAACGAGCAAUGCUUGAUGCUCCUUCUUGACAUUUACACGGGAGUGUAUAAAUACGACACUUGGCAAAGCAAUGCCAAGUUGACUACCACAGAUACUGCAGCUAAUGCUUACACCAGAGCACCAGGUAGCCUGGAAGGAUUCGGCAUGAUAGAAUCGAUCAUGGAACACGCCGCUAUGGAAAUCGGCAUGGACCCUUGGGAGUUCAAAGUAAAAAAUAUCGACCCCAAACAUAAUCAACUUAAAGAACAUAUCAAUGAUUUUAUCCAAUGGGCGGAAAUCGACAAGAGACGUAAGGAUAUAACGAAGUUUAACCAGGAAAACAACUGGAAGAAAAAGGGCCUUUCGAUAUCCCCAAUGAUAUACCCAUUCGAGCUGUGGUUUGCUUAUGAAGCAAUAGUUUCAAUUUAUCACGCCGAUGGAACAGUAUCGAUUGCCCAUGGUGGGGUUGAGGUGGGUCAAGGUAUAAAUACCAAGGCAGUUGAAGCAUGCGCUUACAAGUUGGGAAUACCGAUAGAAAAAAUAAACGUCAAAUCGAGUAAUACCCUAAUAGCCCCCAAUUCUCAUAUGACCGGAGCAAGCAUUGCGAGCGAAGGUGUAUGUUGGGCGAUAAUGAAAGCAUGCGAUAUUCUAUUAGAACGUAUGGAACCGAUUAAGAAAAAGAUGGCAGCAGCUUCGUGGGAAGAAAUCGUUGAGAAAUGCUACGAGGAAAUGGUCCAUUUGUCUGCUUCCUCCAUGUGUCAAGCGCACAAGGAAACUGAACUCUCCAAAUACGAUGUUUAUGCAAUCGGUGCUUCAGAAAUCGAACUAGAUGUGUUGACUGGUCAAUACAACGUAACUCGGGUGGAUAUUCUGGAAGAUGCCGGUGACAGCAUGAAUCCUGGGAUAGAUAUUGGACAAGUCGAAGGCGCGUUCGUAAUGGGAUUGGGGUACUUUACGACUGAAAAAAUCAUAAUGGACGAAGACGGGAGAAUUUUGACGAAUAACACUUGGAAUUAUAAGCCUCCAGGCGUUAAGGAUAUACCGAUCGAUUUUAGAAUCAAAUUUCCGAAGAACAGUCCUAAUAAAAUGGGAGUAUUAAAAUCUAAAGCCACCGGAGAACCGCCAAUUUGUUUAGCGGUGACGGUUCCUCUCGCGAUUAGGCAAGCAGUGGCCUCCGCACGAAAAUACUUUGAUCCAGAUACUCCGACGUGGUAUCCAUUUGAUGGUCCGUCCAGCGUUGAAAACACGUUUACCAAUUGUUUACAAGAUUAUAAAAAAUACACUUUGUAACAAAUUGAUAGAAAUAUAUACUCAUUGCAAAUUUAUAAAGUAAUUUUCAUUUUAAACAGUGGUGGAAAAAUAGAGAUGAAUAUCAAAUUACUGAAAAUAGUUUUAUAAACAGGUAC